ACAGCCACCCUGCGCCUCCCGGCCGGCGGCAGCUCCCUGCGCCGCCGCCCCGGCGCCCCGAGCCGGCCGCCGCCUCUCCCCUCCGGCAUGUUUUAAGCCCGGCCCUGCCCGCUCCCCUUCGGGCUUCCCUACCCGCCGCCGUCGGGUCCCGUCCCGUUCCCCCCGCUCCGGUCCGUGCGCAUCCCCCUCGGAGGGCCGGCGGCUGGGGGGGCGCGGGGGCGGUGGGCGCCCGCGGGGGGCGAGGGCAGAAAAGCCCCUCUCGGCACCAUGGCGUCCAGCUAUGCCCACGCCAUGGAGAGGCAGGCCCUGCUGCCCGCCCGCCUCGACGGCCCCGCCGGCCUGGACAAUUUACAAGCCAAGAAGAACUUCUCCGUGAGUCACCUGCUGGACCUGGAGGAGGCGGGCGACAUGGUGGCCGCCCAGGCGGAGGAGGGCGGCGGCGAGCCCGGCCGGAGCUUGUUGGAGUCCCCCGGGCUGACCAGCGGCAGCGACACCCCGCAGCAGGACAAUGAUCAGCUGAACUCAGAAGAGAAGAAGAAAAGAAAGCAGAGAAGGAACAGGACUACUUUCAACAGCAGCCAGCUCCAGGCAUUAGAGAGAGUCUUUGAGAGGACACACUACCCCGAUGCCUUUGUACGGGAAGACCUCGCACGCAGAGUCAACCUCACUGAAGCCAGAGUGCAGGUGUGGUUCCAGAACCGGAGAGCCAAGUUCCGCCGGAACGAGAGGGCGAUGCUGGCCAGCAAGAAUGCCUCUCUGCUCAAAUCCUACUCAGGGGACGUGACUGCCGUGGAGCAGCCCAUAGUACCUCGCCCAGCUCCGAGACCCACCGACUAUCUCUCCUGGGGCACCGCCUCGCCUUACAGUGCCAUGGCCACCUACUCUGCCACGUGUACCAACGCCAGCCCGGCACAGGGCAUGAACAUGGCCAACAGUAUUGCCAACCUGAGACUGAAGGCAAAGGAAUAUAGUUUACAGAGGAAUCAGGUGCCCACAGUCAAUUAACGACUGGAGGCAGCUGCUGCCUUGCAGAAGGAGAAAAUGCAACAGCACCCGUCCUGCUUCGCAACUUGUCCGUGCUGAACUAAAAAAAAUAAAAGAAAAAAUAAAAAGAAAAAGAAAAAAAAAAAAAAAAAAAAAGAAGAAGAAAAAAAGCCAACCCUCGCCCAGAACUGAACAUGAGGAGCAAACUGAACCGUUCGUGAGUGACAAGGUUCCUCCUUCCUUUUGGGAUAAUGCCACCAUUUUUUUUUCUUGUUAUUGUUGGGUUUAUUGCUUCUGCUCAGUAUACUACGAGCUUCUUCAGUAACGGACAGUCUCACCCUUGUUGGUCUCCACUUUUGUAUGGGACUGCAAAAAGAAACCUCUGCCAGUCUCAGCCCAGGGGCCAGUCCCACCACCACCGUGCUGAGAUGCAAAGCUUGCUCCUCUCCCUGCUGCCCCAGCUCACCCAUGGAGAAGUUGCUUGGUCACCGCUUCCCAUUGUAUCCACCUGACCCUCCUCCCUCCAUCCCCUGUACCACAGAGGCAGCGCCGUUAGUGACAGUCUGCGAGAAGCCUGUAAAUGCAACGAGAUGGAUUCAUCCUGUCUGCGUUGCCUGGACCACUCCAAGGUGUGAGGAAGACCUCCUUGUGCUCCAGAGCAUUUCAAUGCUUUGCUGGGUAUUCCCAGCAGUGCUGCCUCAAAAAAGCCAAAGAAGAGAGAGAAGCCAACAUGGGUGUGUGAGCGGGGGGAGGGCGGCGGAGGGAUCGCUCUGUAGUGCCAAGGAUAGGACUGUUAGGACACUCCUUUCUAUGCCUUACAGUUUGUGCCACAGGGAAAGGCGUUGUCCAGAUGCAUUUGUUUUAUAUAUACUGUAUAUAUUUAUAUAUAUAAGAUAAUACAUGCAAGCUUGGUUGGUGUUUUUUUAUUCAACAAAAUAAAAUCCAUGGAAAAUGUUUGGGAUGUUUGUGCUGCAUCCAGGUUCCUGGAGCCAUGCAUUGAAAUUCCAGCCCCAGCCUCUCUCACCCUUGUCAGAGCUCUGCCCGGCAGCCUUGGGCAGCGCUGGAAGUGGCAGCUCACGUCCUCCCACGAACACCCCACAGAAGUGGUGCUGGAGGGAGCCACACUCCUCGGUAGGUUUUCCCCACAGACAUUUGCAGCUUCCUGGAAUACAGUGAGGAUCUCCUCUCCAUUCAGGCAGGUUCAUGUAGUUCUUGGGAACACACAAGGACAUCGCUAUGGAAAGUCUCUGCCAGCCCCUCUGACGACAAGUGAUGUCUCAGUGUCACACCAAAGACCUUUUCUCCCCCUGUUCCAUAACACUGCCCAAUGAGGCUUGUCCUGUAGCCUUAACCACUCUCCUUUGCUCUCCUUGACUGCUGUCCUCCCUCUGGGCUCUAACUAGGACCUAAAAGAGGUUUCUUCCAUACAAGCAUCCUGAGGAAACCAGGAUCUUUUAUGUUGCUGGUGAUGUCUGACUCUUGGAGGGAGGCAGGGGGCUUAUUUAUAGCCAACAGUACUUGUGUCCAAACUGAGGUGGACUUUGCCAUGGAACAGUCCACUGGAAGUAGAGGAGCGACUCCAUGGUCCAGGCUGGACCAUAAGGGAAGGAGAAGGAAACUCUGUCAUGAGAGUGAGUUCUGUUGGAGGGGCUUAGGUCUCCACCCUGGUUUGCUGCAGACACACUGGGCACAUGUAGAUGUCUGACAGUGGGCUUUGGUAGUCUAAAACAUCGUGUUGCAGGAAAUGAGAAAGAAAUCUCUUUAAAGUGAAGGUGCAGGUUAAACUGGCAGAAGAUGAAUGGAAAUCCAGCCAAAGUAUUUGAGCUAACACUGGGAAAAAAGCCCCAAAUCCAAACUUGAGUGAGUUGUGCCUGUGAUUGUAUGUGUUGCUGCUGGAAUUUUUUUUUUCUCCCUGUAUGGGUAUUUUUGACGGGAAAAAGAAAUUAAAUUGUGAUCAGGACAAAAAGCUGAAAGUCACAGAACAUCAGCAGGGACAGAGAGGCUGGGCAAGCACUUCAUUUUAAGAAAUCCAUCAUGUUCUGUUUGGUCCCUUUUUUUGGCUUUCUGCAGUGUGGAGAACCUCACAUCUCUAAAUAUUUCUAUCAUAAGUAGUGCAGUUCCAGCUCCUAGAGCCAAGUGAUCAUGCUGGAAAUCUCAGCCUGCACUUAGAAACUCACUCCUGAUUGCUGUGCCUACUCAAACAGAGGAACUGUUGAAAAACGUGUCCUGCACGGGCAGAAGGGACACGGUGCCAUGCAACGUCACUCAGAGGUUGUUGAGUGCCUUAAAUUGAUGCUCUCCCUUCUCCUUGUCUUGCUGCCCUUCUCUGCAAUCCUCCAAUAUCCCAGCAGUGACAGCAGCCUGGAUGAGCUUCCCUGACCUGCCCCAAGUAUCCACCCUGGAGCUCUUUCCUUCAGCGAGUUUCAGCUCUUUCCUUCAGCAUCUUGGUGGCCUUUUGGCCCUCCCCUUGUCUUUGCCCCCCUUUUCUGCAGUAGGAAAAUCACCUUGAGCAGCUUUUUUUGUUGUUGUCCGUAUGCAGACACCUCUUUCUGAGGUUAGCAAGGAGACAGCUCAGAGAGCAUGAAGCUCGUGGUACCCCAUCACCCGUCCAUGGACCCAGACACCCAUCCCCACACUGUGAUGUUCACAUGAGGGGGUCACAUAUGCAAACCCACCUUCAGCCUCCUCACCAUAUUUGUGUGAGGAAUGGAGUUGUCUGGCACAGGCUGCUCCCCUGAGAAGGUUGUGCAAGCUUUUGACCUCCAGUUUGAGUUGGGCUUUGCCUUGGUUUGGGUUGCUUGGCCAGGGAUGUUCUCACAGCUGACUGGGCUGUUGUCAGUUCAGGUGAGGCCUCUCACAUCACCUUUGAGCUGGGUGAUGGGUGACCCAAUGAUUGUUUUGUUUACGUGGAUUUACUAGACAGAGUCCAGCCAGAUGAAGGGGCAGGUUUUGGUGUUUGUUUCUUAAUUGCUGGAGAUCUCAGCCAACAGGCAGCGUCUUGUUGCCUAUCAAGCCAAAGCUUUUAUUAUUGUGUAUGUUUAAUCUGUAUUUUGCUAAAACAUGUAAAUAUAUGUGCAAAUCAAGGGCCUUAUCCUCCAAGCAUGGAGCUCUCCAGGGUUUUAGUAGACUUUUGGCUGCAGCUCUAGGAAGUUGCCAUGGUUACCACAGUUAUCACUACUUUUGGGUACCAUUCAGGGGAGAAAAUGGUCUUGAGACACAUUUCUCUCAGCAGCUCUGUACAAAUGCUGUUUUCUCAGGCUCCCCCUUUCUCAAGAGGUGACUGAUUCUUUCUAAGUGGGAUUUUUGAGCAUGACAGGGAUGGAUGAUUGAUGAGGCUGUUGGAGCUUGACGUGUGAAGCCACGGGAUUCCCAGAUGGAAGUGUAUCCUGUAAAUUAUCUCUCGCUUUGUGAUGUAAAAUGUACAGUGUUUACACUAGAAUAGAAAUGAUCAUUUUCAAUAAAAGGGGGAACAGACUCCCCAACCCUUUCUAUAA